AACUUUUAGGGUUCUGAGAUUUUUGGGGUUUAAUUUGCUCGAAUCGGAAAAGAAUCGAUUCCACGGUGUGUGGCAUUUGAUUGGUUUGAUGUGUUCUCUGAUACUCCGUGGAAGAGGAUAUAUUGAGUUACAGAAAUGGCGUAACUUUAGUGUAUUCUCUGUUUUUUCCAAUUCGUUCUCUUCUGUUGUUACUGCUGCUGGUGUGAGCUUUAGAGAUGUUCGAAAAGGUAAGAACUUUACAGUCUCUUACCUCGUUGGUUCAUUGGGUUUACCUAAAAAACUCGCAGAAUUGAUUUCUAGGAAAGUUAGGUUUGAGGACAAGGGCAAUCCUGAUUCUGUUCUGAGUCUUUUGAGGAUUAAUGGGUUCACAGAUUCUCAGAUCUCCAGCAUCGUUACGACUUACCCAAGAUUGCUUAUACUAGAUGCUGAGAAAUCAGUUGCUCCAAAGCUUAAGUUUUUGCAGUCAAGAGGAGCUUCAAGCUCUGAGCUUACUGAGAUUGUUUCGUCAGUUCCUGAACUCUUGGGAAAGAAAUGGGGUAAAACUGUUAGCAGAUACUAUGAUUUCAUCAAAGAGGUUUUAGAAGCUGAUAAGAGUUUCAAGUUCGAAAAGUUGUGUCAUUCUUUGCCAGAGGGUAGUAGUAGGCAGGACAACAAAAUCAGAAAUGUUUUGGUUUUGAGAGAUUUGGGUGUUCCUCAGAAGUUUCUAUUCUCCUUGCUUACAUCCGCUGGUCAACCUGUAUGUGGAAAAGAUAAAUUUGAAGAGUCUCUCAGGAAGAUUGUUGAGAUGGGUUUUGAUCCGACCACCCCAAAGUUUGUCCAAGCUCUCCAUGUCUUUUACCAAACCAACGACAAGAAAAUAGAAGAGAAGGUCAAUGUCUACAAAGGGUUAGGCUUUGCUGUGGAAGAUGUAUGGGCUAUGUUCAAGAAAUGGCCUUACUGUUUGAAAUACUCAGAGGAUAAGAUAAGUCAUACAUUUGAAACCUUGAAGAUGUAUGGUAUGAACGAAGACGAGGUUCGUCAAGUGUUGAAGAAGUAUCCACAGUUUGUACGUAUUUCAGAGCAGAAGAUAUUGAACUUCAUUGAAACUUGUUUAGGUCUAGGAUUCAGCAGAGAUGAGUUUGUGAUGAUAGUCAAGUGUUUUCCUAUGUGCCUUGGAUUGUCUGUAGAGACGGUGAAAAAGAAGACUGAGUUUGUGGUGAAGAAAAUGAAUUGGCAGCUAAAGGACAUAACUUUGUUCCCUCCGGUACUUGGAUACAGCUUGGAGAAGAGAAUUGUACCAAGGUGUAAUGUAAUCAAAGCUCUAAUGUCCAAAGGAUUGCUUCCAAGCGAACUCCCUUCAAUGGCGGCUGUCUUGUCAUCUGCGGAUGAUGAUUUCUUAAAAAGGUAUGUGAUAAAGCACGAUGACAAGAAGCUUGUAACGGAGUUGAUGGCUAUUUUCACUAGAAAGAGGAGAAACGUCUGAAUGACAUCUAUAAAGCACGAUGAUAAAGCUUCCGAAUGAAAUCAAUAAAAGAGUUUCUUAGUUCCAUACUUGUGCAUAGCGUUUUUCAUGGUUCAAGCAUCAUUCUUUCAGAUGUUGAUGAGAGUAAGUCUCUUCGAAGAGAGGCUUGCUGUGGUGAAGAAGAUGAGAGAAAGUUUCUUCAGUGGAUAUUCUGCAGAGAUGUUGAAGAAGACUGGAUUUGUGGUGAAGAACAUGAAUUGGACACUGAAGACUCAAGUUCUUGGAUGCAGCAUGGAGAAGAAGAUUGAACCAAGGUGUAACGUUAUGAAAUUAUUUGAUCGUGUAUAUGUUGAACUAUAUGCAUAUUGAUCCUCAAAAUUGUGUAACGGAUCUCAUUGAUUCUCUUCAUGUGAAUUGUUAAAUUCUCUGGUCAUAA